AUGCAUAAGCAACUAGAGCCGAGUUUUUUUUCAGUCGGAUUAUCAAUUAUCAAUAACACUGAGCUAACGGAUAUCUCAUUUCUCAAUGCCUUUUUCUUGACAACCGAUCGAUUAACUCAAGAAUGUAUUCUGAAAUUCGAGAACAAUCCACAACUAGAUGCCAGUCAUUUAUGUGACCAUUUUAAAGAUUUAUUCGAGCUCCGAAUUUCUGGAAAUUUUAAAAACUGCGGAUGUCGUGGAGAUUCGAUAAUUUCUGAAAAUCUGGAAACUCUGGAAAAUUGUAAAAUUUUGAAUGGAGGAUUAAGAAUUUCAAAUUGGACUGAAAAUUCUGAAUUCAAUAUCUCUAGAUUCUCUUCAAUUUCCCAUAUAAAAGGAGACGUGGAGAUUUGGAAUACCAAUUUCAAGAAUUUAUCGUUUUUGAAAAAUUUGAAAAAAAUCGAAACGAAACAUGGAUUAGUCACAGAAUCAGUGUCUAUAAAUAUUCAUGAUAAUCUGGAAAUGACCAGAUUUGAAAUUCCGAAUCUUAAAAUCUUUUAUGAGAUUCUGGAAGGUCCAUUUAUUCUGAAUUUGGAGAAUUUACACCCAGAUUUUUGUUUGAGUUUUCAAGAAAUGCUUUUCUUCUUGGAAAUCGGAGCUUCGUUUAAAAAUAUUCAUGCAAAAUACUGUGAAGAAUCUAGGAAAUUGAAAAUCAAUGAUUACGAAAUUUGCAAUUUCAAAAGUAUGAAAUCAUUGAAGGACGGAUGUAUGUACAUUUAUGGAAAUGUAUUGAUGGAUUCUGGAGAUGAGAAAUAUGUUUUCAAAUUAAAAAGUCUAGAUGGAAUAUUCGGAACUUUGACAAUCAAAAAUACGAAAUUGGAAAAUUUAAAUUUUUUGGAUUGGCUUCGAUAUAUUGCAUCUUUGGAGGAUGAUUAUGUCAUUGAAAUUUUGUCAAAUGAGAAUCUAAACAUCAUAACCAAAGGAAGUCGUACUGUAGUCGUGAACAAUAAUCCACUUCUAGAAUCUGACGAUUGUAUGCUUUUUCCAUUGUCCUAUCAAGCAAAUGUCGCAUUUCUAGGAGAUAAUUGUGUCCUUUCAUAUCUUCUUAUAAAAUGUAUGAAAGAAGCUGCAAAAUCUAGAAAGUCAUUGGGGAAAAAUCAUAAAGACUCCGAAAUCAGUAAAUCAAUAAAAAUGGUCACCUUAAUGACCGUAUGCUUAAUGAUCGCUGAAGGUCCAAUUGGAAUUGUUCAUGCAAUUGUGACAUUUUAUUAUGACUACGCGUUUAUAAUCGGAAUUGCAAGGAGCCGAGGAAUCUCAGUAUCAUCAGUGCCACGUGUUACCGCUUCGAACGCAGCGAUUGCUUAG